AUGGAACAGUGUGCGAGUACGGCCUCCCUGCUGGCCUCGGUGCGGGAGCAGGAGAGGCAGUUUGAGAUGCUGAGUCGAGCUCUGGAGGAGGAGCGCAGGUCAUGUGCCGGCACCCUGCCCCGCCCCCUCCCCAACAUGCAGAACGGCCGUAUUCCUUGUGAUGCAGACCUAGAGAGGCUGACACUAAGUGAGGGCUACAUCAACGGAACACAUCACUACAGGAUGGAUCCGGGCCAGAUGGUUCAGGAGACCUAUACGGUGGAGGAGGAUCCACAGGAGUUGCCACCUGUUGUCUCUGUAGAGACCAGCGACGAUGGAACUACGCGGCGCACGGAAACCACGGUAAAGAAAGUAGUGAAGACCACCACCACUCGCACGGUCAUCCCCUCGGUGUCCGACACACUAUCCAUUGAUGGUGGAGGUUCAGUGACGGGGAUGGGAGGGUACACCACACCCAUGGACCGGGUCUAUAGGCCGCCACCUGGAGGAGGCGUGGCCAUGGACUACCCCACCCACACCGUGCCUCGUAAUUAUCACUAUGGACCCCCAGUGGGCUACGACGACUACCGAGGUGGACCCCCAACUGAAACCUACGCAAGCCUUAACCGGGGCGCUCGCAUGGACGAUCGCUACAGACCCGUCCAUCCAGAUGGAUAUAGAACCCUGGAUCCGAGCUACAGAGCCCCCAGCAGGACCCAGCUGGACCCCUACGCUGCUCAGCCUCAGGUGGGGCGUAUGGGCAGUGCCAUGGAGCUGUCAUCCAUCCAGAGGUUUGUCCCUGAGCCUUAUGGUCUGGAGGAUGAUCAACGCAGCAUGGGCUAUGAUGAGCCAGACUACGGCAUGGGACACCCCAUGCACUACAGCACUGUGCCCCGGAACCACCACCCCUUCCCCCAUGGACCCCCCCGCAGGGCUGGGAGCUAUGAGGGCACCUUGGACGGGGACAUGAGUGGUCCAGGGGACAUGUACUACUGGGGGGGCGCAGCUCCGUUGGCCCAGGGCGAGAGGGGGAGCAUGGCCUCCUUGGACAGCACUCUACGGAAAGGUCCGGGUCCGGGCGGUUGGCGCCAGCCCGAGCUGCCGGAGGUCAUCGCCAUGCUCAACUACAGACUGGACCCGGUCCGGAGCAACGCCGCUGCAUACCUGCAGCACCUCACCUAUAAGAAUGACAAAGUGAAGGCCGAGGUGCGUCGUCUGAAAGGCAUCCCAGCGCUGGUGUCCAUGUUGGACAACCCAAACAGAGAGGUACACUACGCAGCCUGCGGAGCACUGAAGAACAUCUCAUAUGGCAAAGAUCCAGACAACAAGAUUGCCAUCAAGAACUGUGAUGGAGUCCCCGCCCUGAUCCGGCUGUUGAGGAAGACUCGAGACCAGGACCUGACGGACACUAUUACAGGGACGCUGUGGAACCUGUCGUCUCAUGACUCUGUGAAAAUGGAGAUCGUGGACCACGCGCUGCACGCCCUCUCCGACGAAGUGAUGGUUCCCCAUUCAGGCUGGGAAAGAGGGAGUAACGGAGGAGGAGGAGGGGGAGGAGGGGAGGAGAACUGCAAACCCAGACACCUGGAGUGGGAGAUGGCACUCACCAACACGGCAGGCUGCCUCAGAAAUGUGAGUUCAGAGCGAAGUGAGGCGAGGAGGAAGCUGAGGGAGUGCACGGGAUUGGUCGACUCGCUCAUGUACAUCGUCCAGUCCCAGAUCGACUGUAAAGACGUAGACAAUAAGUUGAUAGAGAACAGCGUGUGUCUGCUGAGGAAUUUGUCCUAUCAAGUGCACCGUGAAAUCCCCGGCUGUGAACGUUACCAGGAAGCUCCACCCCUCAACCAGGGCCCCGCCCCCUCCAGCCAGAAGGGGGGCUGUUUCAGCUCCCGGAAGAGCAAAGACGAGUGGUUUUCCAAAGGUAGGAAAGACGACGAUGCAGCUGCAGACGUAGUAGACAUUCCAAAGAGGACUACACCUGCUAAAGGCUAUGAGCUCUUGUACCAGCCAGAGGUGGUCCGUAUCUAUACGUCCCUGCUAAAGGAGUCCAAGAACCCCACCGUCCUGGAGGCCUCAGCUGGAGCUGUUCAGAACCUGUGUGCUGGACGCUGGACGUACGGUCGCUACAUCCGUGCCUUGCUGCGCCAGGAAAAGGGCCUCCCCAUGAUGACGGAGCUGCUGGCCCACGGCAACGACCGCGUAGUACGAGCCAUGUCCGGAGCGCUCCGCAACUUGGCCAUCGACGCACGCAACAGAGACCUGUUAGGUAAACAUGCAGUGCCUCACCUGGUGGCCAAUCUGCCUGGAGGUGGUCAGAGUCAGCCGGUCCGAGCACUGUCAGAGGAGACGGUGGUGUCUGUACUGAGCACGCUCCAUGAGGUGUUAGGGUCCAGUCUGGAAGCAGCCAAGACUCUGAGGGCUUCACAGGGAAUCGAGAGGCUGGUGCUCAUCAACAAGGAUGGUAACCGUUCAGACCGUGAGGUGCGUGGCGCUGGCCUGGUGCUGCAGACGGUCUGGGCCUAUAAGGAGCUCCGGCGCACUUUGGAGAAGGAUGGAUGGAAGAAGACAGACUUCAUGGUCAAUCUAAACCCCCCCACCACCAACAACAACAGAGCCAAUGGAGGAUAUGAGGACAGCACUCUGCCACUCAUAGACAAAGGAGGCAAAGGAGACCGAGAAAUGAUUCCAAUGAAUGACUUAGGACCAGAUGCCUACUCCACACUGGACCAAAGGGGGAGGAGGAACACUCUGGAGAACACACUCGAACCUGCUGACAAAGAUGCCGUUCAGGGAGGGAUGUAUGGGGAGAGACAGGCCUCUCUGCCUCUAAUGGAUUCUUACGAUGAAAAACUGAUUGUGUGCAUCAGCAGACGCCCCCCUCCUCCUACCUACUGCCCAUGCUGAACUGACCCUGGAGGACCACUAUGAGGAGGACCACUACGAGGAGGACCACUACGAGGAGGACGUCUACACCACCAAUGACACUCGACUCCAUUUGCACAUUCACUCUGCUCCUGCUCCUUCUAGUCUCCCUCUGCUCC